GUGAGUGAUCACAUGACUCGAAGCACGGCCUCGGAGCCGGCUAUCACUAUACCAUGGCUCACUUCCUCCUUAAGCGAACAACCGGACAUGACGCUUAUCACCUCACAUCAGGUUUUGUGGAGAUGAGUCUUGGCCGGGAGAAGUCUUCAUCAUGAUGCCCUGGGCCGGAUAGUAAAGUAAAAGGAAACCUGAACGAUCAGAGAAGAUGUCGCCUAUAAUGGUCAGAGCUACUGAGCCAUACAACAAAGGGAGAAAUCUCCUUAAAGACCAGUGUGGACUUCAUAUCUGUAAAAGAGGCAGAACUAAAACAUACGAAAAGAAGAUGUUGGCAGUAAUGAUGCUGAUGACCUUUCUCUAUACACCUUCCUACACUCAGGAGGCAUCUCAGUGUAACACAAUAACUAAUACCAUACUCAUCUGGUCACAAUUCAACAACUGUGAGCAUGUAAUGUUGAGAAAUAAAAGCAUCAAUCAUAUUUACACAAAUAAGAGCAGUCAUUAUGGCAAACUUACUAUACUGGAUAUUUCUAAUAAUAAACUUUCAGAUCUUCCUAAAGACUUUUUAUCUACUGCAAAUGCCUUGAAAGAAGUUCACCUAGAACACAAUGAACUCAAACAUUUACCAGAAAUGUUUCUCUCAAAUUCCCAUGCACUGGAAACGGUUACACUUGAAGGCAAUCCCCUCUCUGAAAUUCCUGCAAGUAUUUUCCGUGAGACUCUUGUUAACCUGACUGUAGACUGCCGGUGUGACCUGGUGAGUAACGUAAUGAAUGCGCUAAACUACUCAGAAGUAGUAUCGGCAACGUGCAAAGAGUCCGCAGUGUUACACAAUCUAAAGGACUUCUAUGAUGCAAACUGUGGCAACCAAUAUCUGGCCCUGUACAUUCUUUUACCAACGUUGAUGUUAGUUCUGCUUGUUGGUGGUGUGGCACUGUAUUUCUGGAAGAGGAAGAGAACUUCAGCAAGUUUAGAGAGCAAGGACGCUGCCGACAAGUCACCUGCUCAUGGGCAAUCACGGUACACGUCAAGGAAUAUAGAAAGUACUGAGACAACUUUUAGCCCUGGAAACAGACAAGACUAUGAAAAUGUUUUUGUUGGUCACUUGACUACUGAAACGACACCUCGUGGCUAUUUGGAAAAUGAUCAUAGACCAGGCACUCACAGAAGCAAACAUGUGGCAGAAGAAGACAUAUAUCUGGAAAGUGAUGUCAACGAGGGCGACCAACCAAUUUACACCAACACCCAAGGGCUUUAUUAUAACUACUCAGAACCUACUCACGAGAAAAGCAGGAGCCAUGAAGAAGAUGAUGUGUACAUUUUACCAGAUCAGUAAAGCGUUCGUCAACUUUAAGAUGCAGUGUGUGAAAUGGAUCAAAUGUUAUGUUGAUGAA